AUGCAUGCGGAGGAGUAUCGAUACGACAUCAGCGAGUGCCACUUGAAACCAGGCGCCGGUCUUGUCCGCGAGGCCUUUGCCUAUGUGGAUCCAGGCACCUGCAACACUAGCAUCCGGCCACACCUUCCCCCACCGCGUCUGGACCUCCCGUGCGACCAACCAUGCGAGCCAGAUCAUUACCUGAAGGUUACAACCGUCUACAAUCAUGGAAAGAAGCGUGGAGUCAAGGGCCAGCUGGAUGCCGUCUGCACACGAUGCGCUCCGGGGCGCUUCUCUCUGGGCGGCGGCCGCCAUUUGGAUGGUUCUUUGGGUGACUGGGCCAGGACCUGGCCGGAGGGGCUAUCGACAUCAUGCCUCUACCGUGAAGCAGAUUCUCGUUGGACGGUGGGUGGAGGAGCUCGGCUGGCCUGCGUUCUCCACCUGGAGCAUGCUGGCCAAGCUGAAGGCCUUUCGGCAGAGACCCGGGCUGGCACCUGGAACCGCAACUUGCCGGACGUUGCCCUGCAGGUGCCCUUCCACACCAUCGAUGGGUUGGCCUGCGAUCCGAUCAGCGGUGACAGCGCAAUCGACGGUGCAGCAGUUCUGGUACUACGAGGGACCUGUCCUUUCUCCACGAAGACGCAGCACCUUGAAGCUGCGGGUGCCAAGGCCGUGAUUGUGUACAACAACCUCUUCCACAGGCCGCAUUUCAUCCCUGCAGCGGCACCAAACAGCUCGGCUGCGGGGAUCCCGAUCUACAUGGUGACCCGCGAGGAUGGUGAGCGGAUGGUGACCUUGGCAUCCGACGCUGCCGCUGAGGGCGAGUCGUUGUAUUUCAGAAUCCCGAGCACCCGCUGCAGCCUUGACAGGCGGGAGGCCGCACCCACAACGAACCGCAGCGGCGAGGUUUUGACCAACGCGGACAGCUGGGAGGCCUCACAGAAAGGUUGCUCACUCUGGGCUGCCGACCCAGCUGGCAGCUUCCUGCACUCUGGAGACAACCGCGGCUUUCACUGGAUUUUCUCUUAUUUAACGUAUUCUGUACGUUUUGUUCGCGACGGCUAUAUUCGCUUCCGCUAUGCAGUGGACGCAGAAAUGGGCUACGACGGCCUUGUCUUUGAGAUUGACGGUGAACCAGUUUUCAAUGGAUCCCUCCGCUCUCAAGUGGCUCCCUGGCAAGAUGUCAGAUUUCCUGUUUCUCGUGGCUCUCGCAGCUUCACGUGGACGUACAAGAAGGAUUUUGGAACCACAGCUGGGGAAGAUCGUGCACGGCUACAGCUGCUAGAAGUGUCAGGCACGGCGCACGGCGACUUGACCUGCCGCAGCUGCUCGGUGCUGAGCAGUCCCGGCAGCGGACACUGCCAGACCUGCGGCCGUGAUCAGUACUCAGAAGUGCAGGUGGACCGGAUUCUCUGCCGAAAAUGCCCUCGGGGCUCUUGGGCCCCGGCUGGCAGUGUUGGCUCAGAUUCUUGCCAGGUCCGGCGGACUUGUACGGUUCAAGAUGCACAGAUCGUUUACCGGGCGUGGAACUCCAGCAAGGCCGCGGCGUCCGAUUCCGUCUUUUGCCGUGGAAACAAAACCAUGGUUCAUGCGGUCUGGCGGCAGCCCAUGACUUGCCAGACGACACUUUCGGCCAACGCAAUGGUUGGCAUCACGACGAACAACAGGGUUCGGCAGUGCCCACCCUGUCAGCCAUUUCGGUGGAGGCCCAAUGGUGGCACCUGCGUGAAUCGUCCUGCACGAACGUGUCCAGCGCCAAAGUUUGCGCUGCCCGUUUUGAAAGUAAACCGAUGGGAGGUGUUCCCGGAGAACUUUACGUCCUGGAUCUGGGGCCGACCCUCCGUCGAAGAUCAGUCACACUCCUGGCAGCUAGCACCCGAUGGCUCCGCCGUCGAGGUCGGAACCGCCUUCCUUGGAGGUGGUGGCGCCGAAGCGGAGGCUCUGCUUUCAGCCAGGGCAGAUCAAGCUCUGUUGACUCUGGAUGUUUCCUUGGCCAAUCCGGGGCGGAUGAAGUUUACAUUAGAGGAGAAGCCUGCUGGAGCCUGGUCGGCAGCGGGUGCUCUGUAUGUCGAUCAUGAACCUCAACAGCCAGAAGUGGUUCUCCUGGACGGGCGCUUGCAUUUUUCGUUGCGCAUGGAGCCCGGAUGGCAUUGGGUGACUUGGGUGUGGCGCUACACUGGUCCAAAGUUGGAGGAGCAGGCGGCAGACACCAGCCUGCAGCAGGAGGGAAGUGGCCUCCGGCUCUUGAAUGUCUCCGUGACCAAUGUUGUAGGCGCCAGCCAAGCAGGGCCAUGCCAAACAUGUCCCCCGGGCCGCGGCCUGGUAAACUCCACGGUGUGCCAUCCCUGCCCACCGGGAUGGAGCACGGCCAUGGACGGCGGCGAGCCUGUCCAAGAAGGCUGCAGCCGAUGCCCUGCUGGGCGUGCGAGCAGCGGCAAUCGGGGUCGGGGUUCUGCCACCUGCACUCCCUGUGGUCCUGGAACCUUCAGCGACCCAGGGGCCAGCUUCUGCAAGCCGCUGGUCACCCUGGGGGGUGCCGGCAGGCUGCAGUGGAGCUCCCAGUCCAUCCUGACCGCCUGGAACUCCUCACAAGUGAAUGGUCUCAGAGCUAUCGAGGUGGAGGACCGGACCUACUACAUGAGCUUACUCGAGCCCAAGCAAUUCCCGGGCGUUUCGCAGCAGUUUGCAGCUGCGGCAGCGUACGUUUGGGAAGUCUUACCUCCAAGAGCCAGCAGCGAGGGCGAUGCGUGCGACGCGACAGUCUCGUCGCCCUCCGCCUUGCGGCCCUUUGCCGAAACCCUGCGUGAGAUAAAGCCAAACGAGGGCAAGCCUCCGGGCCUUUGGCUGAACUUUGUUGGUCAAUGUGAGCCAUUGGACCAGAUGGGACAGCGGACCCGGCGGGAGCUUCACAUACUUCUAAGUUGUGAUCCAGACGCACGACGCGACAACCUGGACAUGAAGCUUCUCAGCGCCAUGCGGCCGCAGACUCCAGGUGGCUGCGAGGACCUGGCAUUGGAGUGGUCGACGCCUUUGGCAUGUCCACAAUGCCAAGAGGGUGACUGGGAGAUGACGGUGCCCCACCAGUGCGAUUCUGUGAAAGGCCAGCGCGUGAGCUACGUGGCGCCCAGCGGUUGCAGGGGGGGCAUUCCGAAACCACCAGAUUUCUGGCGCCCGUGUCCUGGGGUGGUGAACAUCCUCGCUUUUGUCGCGAUGGGGGCCUUUGUGGGCUGCAUUCUCUGUUGUCUCAGCUGCUAUGUCCUGCUCCUGAGAAGGCGUUAUUCAAGGUACAUGGUCUUGGAGGAGCCGCAUGCCAAUGGAGUUGCGCCGUCCAGCAUCGGAGUGCCUGACAGCCCGCAAGUGUGA